AUAAGUCAGUUUGGUUUUCAUACAAUGUUUAUUUGGUCUUUACAUUUUUUUUGCGUUAUGAUUAGAAAAGAAUAUCGGCUAAAUGGUGACCGCGAUUCGCUAUGCAACUUUCGGCUCUUUUUAAGACAUUUUUCAUGACAUCGUGCAACAUCUCAGGCUGAAUUUCUUCAAUUGCGUGACGAAUAUUGUCUUUAAGAUGUUGAAUCGUUUGGGGCUUAUUCACAUAAACUUUUGAUUUUAAAAAACCCCAUAAGAAAAAGUCUGGUGCUGUUAAAUCCGGAGAUCUGGCUGGCCAUGCUAAAUCGCCAUUUCGCGAAAUUAGUCUUCGUGGAAAAACGUCAUUCAAUAAUUGAAUUGUUUCUGCUCGUUCUUGUGGCGUAUAUUUAUCCAUUAUAAAAUUUGGACGUCUACACAACACAACGGUUAAAGCUAAACUGAGCUAUACGUCACAUAACCAAGAUGGCGCGCAAUCAAAAUGGUAGCGGGACUUUUGCCCCACCCUGCUGAUUCUCCCAAAGCUAAACCUGGUAAGAAAACACAAAAAUUAAAUGAAAAUGGAACUUCAAAUAAAAAGCGUGUAAAUGAUACAAAUGAUGAACCUGCUCCAAAGAGGUCAAAAAUGGAUUCAAAGGCAUCAAAAAGCACUGAUAAAAGUGAUGAUUCAUCUACCUCAAAGAAGGCGAAAAAUGAACCCAAGCAAAUGCAAAAUAAGACAGAUACAAACUUGGAUGAAAUCGAUUUUGGAUGUACAAAGUCAAAUCAGGAAGGAAAGAAGCAUAAUUUGAAGAUCUGUACAUGGAAUGUCUCUGGGAUCAGAGCUGUAAUCAAGAAACAUGGACUUGACUAUAUUACCAAAGAAGAUGCAGAUAUAAUUGCUUUGCAAGAAACAAAAUGUGACAAGGGUAAAAUGCCAGAUGAAGUCAAAUUGUCAGGAUAUCAUCAUUAUUUUCUUGACAGUAAGAAACCAGGUUAUUGUGGAGUUGCUUUGUUCAGCAAGGAAAAACCGAUUUCUGUGAAAUAUGGUUUAAAUGAUUCUACCUUUGAUACUGAGGGUAGGAUAAUCACAGUGGAGUUCCCAGAAUUUUUCGUGAUCAAUGUUUAUGUGCCAAAUGCUGGACAGAAGUUGGUGACAUUACCAAAACGAUUGGAGUGGAAUAAAUUAUUCAAAAAACAUAUUGAAGAAUUAGAUCAAAAGAAACCUGUUAUUAUAUGUGGUGACAUGAAUGUAGCUCAUCAAGAAAUUGAUUUAAAAAAUCCCAAAACAAACACUAAAAAUGCUGGAUUUACUAAAGAAGAACGGGAUGAUAUGACCGAUUUCUUAGCUGCCGGAUUUGUAGAUACAUUUAGAUCAUUGUAUCCUGAAACAGAGGGUGCAUAUACAUUUUGGUCGUAUUUUGCCAAUGCACGUGGUAAGAACAUUGGAUGGCGGCUAGAUUACUUCUUGAUAUCAGAACGGAUCAAAAAUAAAGUGUGCGAUAAUAUUAUAAGGAAGGAUGUUUACGGCAGCGAUCAUUGUCCUGUAAUACUUUACAUCAAUUUGUAAUUUGUAAUAAUAAUAAAAAUUUAACACAUU